UCCCGCGUGGAUGCCCAGUCUCUUCGGCCGCCUUUGCCCUCCUUCCCGCGGGCCGGACAGACCCCGAGCCUCCCCGGCUGGAACUCAUCCUUGAGUUGCCGUGACUCUUGGUGCCCCAUUCUUGGGAUCUGGCAGAAUUUGCUGAAGCCUGCAUGCUGCUUCAUGCAGACACACGUUCUGGGUCAUGAAACUUAAUCCACAGCAAGCUCCAUUGUAUGGUGACAGCAUAAUCACCAUAUUGCUUACUGAAGAUGAUCAUGUUGAAAGUGACGAUGUGAUUUUUUACCUCGUUUUCACUGGAUCUGCCCUUCAACAUUGCACUAGCACUAGGAAGCUUGAUUCAGGGAGGUUGGAAACCGUUGCUCCAGGUCACGACUGUUGUGAAACCGUGAAAGUCUCUCUCUGUGCCACCAAGCAAGGCCACCCACUUCUGGUGGUGGCAGAAGACAGCUUGCAGUUCGUCCAGGAUGAAGCUUAUGACGCGGCGCAAUUCCUGGCAUCAUGCGCUGGAAACCAGCAAGCGUUAAACUUUACACGUUUCCUGGACCGUUCCAGGCCACCCGCCGGGGACUUAGAUUUUCUGGAUGAGAAAGUAACUUUGGCGUUUCGUCACCUGAAGCUGCCGACUGAGUGGAACGUGUUGGGAACGGACCACAGUCUCAAUGAAAAUGUUCCCCGGGAGACGUUGUUGCAUUUUGCAGCCAGGCUCGGUUUGCUGCGGCUGACGUGGUUUCUGUUGAAGCAACCAGGUGGCAGAAGCGCCGUGAAUGUUCCCAACAGUGAAGGAGCCACACCGGUGAGCUUAACCUUGGAGAGGGGCUACCAGAAACUGCAUCACAUCCUAACCAAAAAAGAAGCCAAUGAACCAGAUUCCUGGAGCACCUUGUCACAUAUGGUACAUUCUGGGGACUCCUGCAUCAAGUACCACCAAGGCUUAAACGUUUACACUCUGACAGUGGAAAUGAAGGAAGGAGACCAACUGAACAUGGAAAAAGACAUUGCUCAACUCCAGCUGCACAUCCAGAAUCUCCAGCAUAUGAAUGUGAAUGAAGACCAUUGUCCAGGGAAGACCUGUGAGGACUGUGAUUUGGGUGCUGUGCCUGAAGGUGUUGAAGCUGCUGCAGAACAUGGGUUGGAUGUAUUGAUGGUUGGAGCCACUCAACCAGUGUCUUCUGAUCCUCUAGAGAUCUCGCCCCUUGUUUGCCUUGGGGAGGAAGGCACCUCCCAGCAACCAGAAGAGCUUUUAGGCGCAUCACAAGAGGAAAUGCAGAACCAAAGGACUUCCUGUGAGGGCGAAACAUUGCCACACAAAGAGGAAGGGGAGUGUUUAUCCUCUGUUGGAGACUCUGCUGAGACAGCGUUGGAAGGACAUGAUAGCAAGAGGACCUUCUGUGAUGCUGCUGGCCUCCCCUCCUUUGGAAGUGCCAACAAGGAAGCUGGAAUGAGCUCUUCUGGUCAUACUUUGGAACAAGGGAGCUUACGUGAAGAAAAUAAUCUCUUCCAGGAAGUGCAGCUGGAUGAAUCAGGAAUAACUGAAAAUACACCCCCAGCCUCCUGCGAGGACACUAAUGUAAAUAUGGGACAAGGAGAAUGCAAGAGCUGCACAGGGGGCAUAGAUGUUAAUGUGACGUCCCAACCAUAUAUGGAAAAGGGGGACAUUGAUGUGGAGCCCUCCGGGACAACGGCUAUGGAAGUGGUGCCAUUAUUUGUUGCAUCCCAAAUCAAUCCUGCUGCCUUCUUCCUUGGUGACCCUACAGUUGCCUGUAAAGACGAGAAUGAGCCAAUGUUAGUGCCAGAUGGUCUUGUAGAUGUGGUUGCUACUACAGAUGUUAGUUCUGUUGACAAUGGAAGGGACAAAGAGACUGGGGCAGAAAAUCGUAUCAACAGUGGACCAAAAAACACUACUGCAAAACAGUCAGAGGAGCCAGAGAAGAAGGAGAAGGAGAACAUUGCUCCAAACCCUGGAAUAGAACAGUUGUCCAAAAACCUUGAAGACAUCUCUGGCUUUUCUCUGGAGCAUCAUUCUGUGAUGGAAGUGAAUGAUCAAGAUGCAGAGAAGGUUAUUGAAAACAGUGCUUUGGAUUUGAGCAACAAAGGGCUGAGUGGUCCUCUAGAUGGCAACGUUGGAAACCCCAGGAUGAGCCCAACAAGUGUGCAGUCCCAGGCUGCCUGUAGUGCAACUGAUAUCCCAGAGACCACAGCUACAGAGCAGAGUGAGCAAAAAGUAGUUGACCUGACACCAUUAGAGACUGAAGGAAAUGCCGAUCCUACCAUGGUUGGUCAGGAGUUUCUUGUUGCACACCUGGAUGAGAAACUGGACUUUGGCAAGGACCAAGAGUUCAGUUCCUCUGGACUGCAGACACACACAGAUCCAGUUGAUGGCCCUGCAUCGCCUCCAGAUGCCCUCAACUCUCUUAUGCUGCCCUCUGAUCUUGAGAAGCCUCUUUGUGGACCAGCAGAGAGGAUAGGAAGCAUAGAGGAACUGGAUCAAUCUGGCGAAAGCCUCCAAAAACGCAUAGCUCUGACAUCAGCCUUGCUGGUGGAGAAAGCUAUUCAGGAAGCUCAGUUGAUGGUUACGCAGAAGGACAAUGCUAGAGCAGCCUCUGUUGGCCAGGAAGCUCCUUCGCCGUUGGAGAGCCUUGCCCUGUCUUUGUCUGGUGAGGGCACCCAAUGUAGUCAGGAGCAUUUCAUGGGCACACCCUCUGCUGCUCUGAAUCAAAGCUCCAAACAAAACCAGGAAGUAGGAGCAGCAAUAACAGCAGAGGCAGCAGAAGCAGCGGAGCGGCUGACUGGAGUGGCUGAACAGGGAAGCCCAGAGCAGGGUGAUCUGGCAGCCCCGUCUCUUGCUCUGGUGGUUGGCUGGGAGGAAGGCAAGGAGCACAGCUCUUCACAGCUGCCUGAAGGCGAGAAGGAACUGCUUGGCAAGACAGAGGAGAGUUUCCCUCCAGGAGCCCUUGUGCAAUCGCCUCCUUGUGAUCUGGGUGAAGAGCAGCCGGUGGAUGGGAGCAAUGCUGAGCCCGGCUUAAAGGAGAAAGCCUCCAGUCUGGAACCUGAGGAGCAAGUAAAGGUAGAGGUGGCCAGAGAUGUUCCUCCAGAGCCUUCUCUAUGCGACAGGGGGACUCCUUCCCCUGAGAUCAUGCUGAACGCAAGACUUGAACUUGGUCCAGCUGGGCCGGCAGCCUCCUCUCCAGCUGGCAGCACCUUGGAUGAGAUCGAAGCUCCUCUGGCGGCUCUUGAACUGGCCAUGGAAACUGGCCUUUCACAGCAUGGAGAGGAGGGGGAAGUGGAAAACACUCCUUCCCGAAUAUUACUUCAGCCAAUUGCUGAAGAGCCCCUUUGUGACUGUGAUUCUGGUCCCGAAACGCCUUCGUUGGCUUGUGAAAUGGACGUUACGAAGCCAGGAGAGUCGGAAGAAGGGAACAGGAGGAGGACUAGCCAAGAGGAUCCGGAAUCCCUUCCCUUGCCUCUCUGCCCUCUUCCCGCAACCGAGCAGUUGGACAAAGUUGGAACGAAAGAAUCUGCUCAGGAACCUGAUCCUCUAUUGGAUAAUGCUGACCCAACGCCCGGUCAAGUGAUAUUGCCAGCAGAAGCACAUGUCCCUCUGGAAUCUCUCGCUGGAAAUCCCGUGGAAGUCCCCUGCUCGGUAGAGGCCAGCUCAGACCCUGGUUCUCUCCUUAAUGGAGUGAAAGAGGAGUUGCCUUUACAGCCUGGUAGCAAAAUGAACCCUGCAACAUUGGAACUAACGGGCUCUUCACCUGUUGCAGAUUCUCUGGAAAUGAAAAUUGAAGAAGAAAUGGAUUUUCUGACAGAUCUAACUGAGAACAUUACUUCUGAAGAAACGAUUAACGUGACAACUGGUGCCCCGUUGAGCCUUCUCCAGAUUCCUUAUUGUUGGAGCAGAAGCAUCCUUGCAACCUGCAGAAAGUGACAAUUUUCUAGAAGACAGGUUAAGUGGCGAUGGUUCGUCCACACAAGGGAUCGUUAAGGGAGGAUCUGGGAGUGACUCUGAACUUUUUCCUCUCUCCAGUGAUGGUCUGGACGAGGUGGACUUUAGAAAGAUCUUCUAAGGAUCUGAAUAUUUCAACUGUUGAGCCCUUUGCUCAACCCAGAACUCUCUGGAUGUCUUGACAAUCCUGGUUGCAUCAUCCCGAGGCAGCAGCCUCCUUAAGAGUCAAGAGAAUCCUGGCAAGCCGAGGGCCACCCUUGCUUUUCUGAUCACAGCUGAGCUGCUGAAGUUCUAGCCAAGAAGCAAAGCUAUUCUGGAUGUACGUCUGGAGGGAGAAGCUGUUUUCCAAUUCCUUUAACCUUGUGUACAAAUCUAGGGAGCGCCCAAGAAAAGGGCGAGGCUCUGAGAGGAACAAGAAUUCUUGCCUAUAAACUUCUGGCUUUGUUUAUAUAUAUAUAUUGUUCUUAUGCAAUUUUGAACUCGGUCCCCAAUAAAAGAAGAAGUUCUCCUCCUAAGCCUUGAUGCAGGCAUGAUCUUGUGUUCUGAGAAACACUUUUAUGUAACAUCUGGGUAACUUAGCAUUGACAAAAGAAAAGGAAGUUCUUGAGAAGGUGAUUAUUUUGAGCUCCUGAUUGAAGCCAGAUGGGAGAACAUUUGCAAAGCAAAUUGACCUGCAUUAUCUCCUUGAUUAACAUGCUGGGUUGCAGAUAUGUUCUGCCAUGGGGCUGGGUUGAAGGUUGGCUGACCAAGACAGAGCCCCCAUGCCAGAUGCAUCAAUUGCCUGUUCCCAUCAGAACUUCCUCCUUUUGCAAGUGACCUCAUCCCAAGAGUAGGAAGCCAGAAGGCAACACGGCUUGCGGUACAGCUGGUGGACACAUGGGAAUUUCAAGAUUUUCACAAAAAGCAAGCAUCCUCUCGUCCUCAAAUUCUCAUAGAUGGUGCAAAGAGGAGAAUGCAAGAAGAAUGUCUGUCCCUUGGUUUGGGAGGCAUCUGAAUAUCAAACUUUAGGCAAUGACAUUUGAAAAAUAUUAAAUUGUGUGCCUAGUGCUGUACCAC